AAUACAGGGCGUUUUUUAACUGUCGUCAGCAAAUAGACAUAAACAUUUACUUUAUUUUUUAGAUGACAAAAAAUAGAAAAAAUCCAUCAAUACGAAACAAUAUCAAAAACGUGUCAGAAGAACACAAAACAAUUGAAGAAUAUAUACCCAAGCAAAAGCAGCCAGGUUCCUACCCUAAUUACACACCAAGUGUAAUAGCAAAUCAAGGUCCAAAGAAGUUAACUAUUGAAGAAUAUAAAAAGCGGCAAAGACCAAUAAGACCACCAAGUCCAAAACCGGAGAUAAAGAAGAAAAGAAAAAGAGCUGGAAAGCAGUUUCAAAGAAGGAAGGCGUUUGCACUAUUAUACCAAGAAUUGCAUCUGCAAACAAAUAAAGAAGAUAAAAUAAAAAUUAAAAGAGAAAUUAAAAAAUUACGAAGAGAAAAAAAAAUAAUAAAAAU